UUAGCAAACAAAUCCAUUUGGGUGAGAGAUUAGUGUCCUCAAGAGCCCCGGUGCAUUUGAGAGAGAGAGAGAGGGAGGAUGAAGGCAUGGUUUCCUUCUGUGUCAAUGGUAGGUCAACAAGUGGCCUUUGGGAUCUCAAACGUCCUGUGCAAGGCUGCCUUCGAGAGCGGACUCAAUUUUUAUACCCUUAUUGUAUAUAGGCAAAUACUAGCCACUCUUUUGCUAUUUCCUGCCGCUUAUCUCGUAGAAAGGAAGAGCCGCCCAUCUCUAACAAAGCGUUUGAACCUUCAAUUGUUCUUGUUGGCCCUCUGCGGGAUCACCAUACAACAGAAUGCUUACUUUCGAGGACUGUCGUACACCACCGCAACAGCAGCGAGUGCCUUGGGAAAUCUAUGCCCUGCAUUUACUUUUGUACUUGCAAUUAUAUUCAGGAUGGAGAGGGCAAGCUUGAAAAGUCCUCUGGGCCAGGCCAAGAUAUUGGGUACACUAAUUUCCUUAGGAGGAGCAAUGAUUUUCAUCUUUUACAAGGGCUAUCUACUCCCACCUCUAAGAAUCCCAUUCAUAAAAAUAGAUCACCAUUAUUCAAUUUCUACUCGUUCAAGACAUGGUGUAGGAGAGUGGGUUAAAGGUGCCUUCUUUGUGGUCCUUGGUAUCGCUGCUUGGAGUUUAUUUCUCAUUUUCCAGGCUACAGUGUGCAAGGCUUACCCUGCUCCUCUUUCUAUGACGGCAUGGAUUUCCUUAUUCGCUACUUUGCAGUCACUUGCAGUCGGUUUGAUCUUGGAGAGGCGGUCAGCAGCAUGGAGACUUUCAUGGGAUGUCAAGCUAUGGACCAUCUUGUACACGGGGAUUGUUAUAUCAGCAAUUGUGUACUAUGCACAAAUGUGGUGUAUUGUAAAGAAAGGUCCGGUCUUCGCUGCCAUGUUCUACCCUGUCAUCUUAAUCUCUGCGGCACUACUUUCAGCCAUUCUAUUUCUCGAGCGCCUUCACUUGGGCAGUUUGAUUGGAGCAUGCGUUAUAGUCAUCGGCUUCUACUGCAUUUUAUGGGGAAAGAAGGACGAAUGCCGGCACCGUACAUCAUUAGAAGACCCAAAUCACAACUUGCAAGCAAUUGAAGAACUAACGCCUAAGGAAAUUGCUACCCCAUGAUUGGGUCCUGCUAAUCGCACGUACUUUGAUUCUAUGCUUUAUAAGGUCUCUUUGAAUGCACUGCUUACUGUUGGUGUUUAUGUUAUAAUGGUAUUUUUACUUGAAAUAGAAGAAAGUAAGCUUGA